AGAGGAAGUUUUGGCGAAGUUUUGGCUGUACAUGCUAAGAAAUUGUAUGAUGACAUGAGCUUGCAGAGGUGGAAGGUAGCCCUACGAGACGUUGCCAGUUUGUCCGGAUACCAUGUGACUUAUGACCGGAACGAGUCUGAAGUUAUUCAAGAAAUCUAUCAAGACGUCUAAAAAAUAGUACAACAUUCAUAUUUACAUGUUGCAAAGUAUCCAGUUGGAUUAGGGUACUCCCAGGUACAGAAUAUCGUGAAUUUGCAUUUAAGUGUUGUGACAAAUGACGUACGAAUGGUAGGGAUCUUAGGAGCUCUUGGUAUUGGUAAGACAACUCUAGCCAAAGCAAUUUAUAACUCGAUUGCUUUUAAAUUUGACGCUAGUUGUUUUCUUGAAAAUAUUAGUGACACUUCGAGUCAAGCAUAUGGUUUGGUCCAACUGCAAGAGACCCUUCUCUCUAAGAUCUUGGGAGACUGUAGAAGUUUAAAGGUUGACAAUAUUCCUACAGGAAUCAAUAUGAUAAAGCAUAGGCUUCGUUCUACAAAAGUUCUUCUUAUUCUUGAUGAUGUUGACCAUUUGACCCAAUUAGAAACAUUAGCCGGAGGUCAUGAUUGGUUUGGUAAAGGAAGUAGAAUCAUCAUCACAACAAGAGAUGAGCACUUGCUGACUACUCAUGGAGUUGAUUCAACAUACAAGAUGACGGGAAUGACUCAAGAUGAUGCUUUUAAACUAUUUUGUCUGCAUGCUUUCAAAAGAGAGAAACCGGAUGAAGGUUAUGGAAAUUUUGUAGAACAGAUCUUAAAUUAUGCUGGGAGCCUUCCACUAGUUUUAACGGUGCUUGGUUUAGAUUUAUAUGGUAGAAGUGAAAGUGAAUGGAUACACAUACUGGAUCAGUACAGGAAAAUCCCUCACCAAGAUAUUCAAAAAAUACUUCAAACAAGUUAUGAGAGAUUAAGUGACAAUGAAAAGAAUAUUUUUCUUGAUAUUGCAUGUUUUUUCAUUGGAGACUUGUUUGAUGAUGUCGUUGAGAUACUAGAUAUUUUUGAUUUUUGCCCGAAUGUUUGGAUCCCAAGACUCAGGGAGAAGUGCCUUAUUUCCAAGUUCAACGAAAGAUUGCAAAUGCAUCACUUGUUACGAGAUAUGGCUAGAGAAGUUGUUCGACAAGAAUCACCGAAAAUUCCCGAAGCGCGUAGUAGACUAUUCGUUCCUGAAGAAGUUCGCGAUGUACUUGAGGAUGAUACAGGACGGGUCAACGUUGAAGCAAUACUGGUAGAUUUGCGUGAAGGUGAUGACAUUAUCUACUUGAGUCCGAAGGCCUUCGAAAAUAUGAGAAGACUCAGAUUCUUUAAAGUCCGCAAUGCACACUUUUCUGGAGAUCGACUUGAGUCACUACCUAAUGGAAUAAGAGUGAUUGAUUGGCCUAAAUGUCCUUUGCAAUCUCUGCCACCUAAAUUUCAUGGAAACAAACUCGUUAUUUUACGAAUGCCCGGUAGUCUCAUCCGACCGAUUCGCUUGGAAUUUAAGAAUCUUACGAUUAUGGAUUUUUCGGAUUGUGAAUUCUUAACAAAAAUCUCGAAUAUUUCAAGCUGCCCAAAUUUGAAGGAAAUGCAUCUUGAUUAUUGUAGAAAUCUAAUUGAGGUUCAUGAUUCGGUUGGAUUCCAUGAUAAGCUUUCUGAAUUGAGUAUCGAUGAAUGUUCCAACCUAAAGAGCUUUCCAAGGAGACUCCAGUUGAGAUCUCUGCGUUUCCUUUCACUUCGUGGUUGCUCAAGCCUUCAAAACUUUCCUGAAAUUGAAUGUCAAAUACAAUAUUUAAGGGUCAUCGACUUAAAGGGAACCGCAAUAGGAGAACUACCCUCCUCCAUUGAGCAUGUCACUGGGCUAGUACGUUUAAUACUAGAAGACUGCGUAAACCUUAAGCAUCUACCAAGUUGCCUUCUUCAGUGGAAAUUUCUACGGUGGCUUGUACUCGAUGAUUGCCCAAAUAUUCUAAAUUUUGGGAUGGAGGCCGUGCAUAAUGGACAAUCCUCUCCAUAUAUAGUGUCUACGAGGGAAAAUGAAGCUUCGUCGAGUACAGAAUUCUUCCCAAUGCCGCCUCCAACAAAUUCAAUCAUUUCUCUUCUUCAUGAUUCUUCCUCAUUAAGGUUUCCGUCGUUGUAUCAAUUGGAUCUUGCAAACUCUGGCCUAACAAAAUCGAAUAUCUUUGGGCCAUUUCAUUGCUUUCCAAAUGUGGAACAUUUAGAUCUAUCACACAGUGAUAUCGUAAGCAUUCCUGCAAGCAUCAAAACUACAUUUGUUAGAUUGAAGAAUCUUAUAUUGAAUGAUUGCAAGAAACUUCAAGAAAUUAUAGAGUUUCCAACGAAUAUACAAGUGGUAGAUGCUAGGGGAUGCAUAUCACUGAAAAGUUUACCAGAAAUAUCAGUAGUAUUUCCUUUCCCACGGCUAUAUUCGAUUGACUUAUCCAGAUGCUAUACAGUAAAUAUAGGGAAUUAUAUGCCAAACCCUUCAUAGAAUCGAGUAAGUCUUUAUUUCUCUUUUUCGAUCUAAAAUUAUACUCGUUUUGUAUGCCUAAUCGGUUUAUAUAUAUGAAUGUAGUUGAAAUUUAAUGAUAUAUUCAUCAAACAGGCUAACAUGAUAUUUCCGGGAAAUAAGAUUCCAGAUUGGUUCACUAAUCGCAUGCAGAGUACUAUUUCAAAAAGUCGUUCUUGUGAGUUAGAUAUUCCUCUAUGGGGUAUCGAUAUCAGUGGAAUUGUUUUUGUGCUGUUAUUAAAACCUCUAGCAAUGCUCUCAUAUGGGUUGAGAUGCCUAUGGAAGAAGAUGUAACAUCUCAAGAAGUACAUCUUGGUGAAAUGGGUUCAUAUCAUGUAUGCUUGUGGUACUUCCCUACAUAUCUUAAGAGAGGAGAAGUGAGUAUAUUGGGCUCCCAUAGGAGGAUUAUAUUUAAAAGUGCUCCAAAUUCAGUGAAAUUCAGAUGUUGCGGAGUUCAUCUGUUACGCAAAAGCGAUGAACAGAUGGUGAAAUUUCUUGGAAAAUUUAAUGAAAGUUUCAUGUAGGUGUGCCCCAUCAUGAAAAUGUUGAUGUCCAUUUGGAUGCACCCAGUAAAGAUUUUGAAAAUUUAGCAAAUCCGAUGGAUGGAAGUUCACUUUCGAAGAGGCGUCGUGUUGAUCGAUUAUGAUUAUGAUGAUGAUGAUCGAUCGUAACAUUGAAUAUCCAACUUGUACUCACAAUAAAGGAGUCCUUCUUCAGCCUUGGACGUCAAAUCUUUCUGGGAUCUGAAAUCCAUUUUGUUUGACUUCAAGUUUUU